AUGAGUGCAGUCAAUGAGAACAUAACAGCACCAGACGACCUCCAACUUCACAAAGAUCCACGGACUCUGACCUCUCUAAAUGAGAUACUCUCGUGCUUGUCGUGGUAUCAAUCUGUCGAAACCGAACUUUCGAACUCCCUAACCGAGCUUCUCUCCAAUCGCCAAUCCAUUGAUAAGUCGUUGCAGCAGUUAGACGCCCUCGUUCCGCGUCUCGAUGAACUUCAUAUUGAAGCAACGAACUUCUCGACCAAGGUCUCGGCCACUGCACAAACAGCAGAACGCGUGGGUGGACGUGUACGUUCGCUUGAUGAGGAAAUGAAGCGUGUUGGGGAGGCUGCUGAGCGAGUGGGACAAGUAAUGGAACUGAAAUCUUCUCUUGCUCAAUUGCAGUCUUGCAUUGAAAACAAAGACUGGGAAUCGGCCGCCAGAUGUUGUGCGCGUGCCAUGUCUUUACCCUUUGAAGUCAUUUCAGGACCCUUUGCAGAGUCUGUUGUUCCCACAGCCGAGAGUCACUUGCCUCCAGCGCAAACACUGCAGGCCGCACGAGAACAGCUUUUGUCCAUUUUCAGGAGUCAUUUUGAACAAGCAUCUCGCGAGCGAGAUGCUGCAGCCACGACUCGUUACUUCAAACUCUUUCCUGCUAUUGGUUGGGAGGCAGAAGGUCUUGAGGCGUAUGCAUCAUUCGUGGUUGAUCUUGUGCGAGUGAGAGCUCCAACGUCAGCCAAAACUUCCUCACCACUAUACUUUGUGACUGCACUUACAGCGCUGCUCGAAAGCGUCGCCAUGAUAGUUGAUCACCACCAACCGGUCGUUGAAAAAUAUUACGGGGCGGAUAAAAUGACGAUCGUCAUCAAGCGCUUACUCGACGAAUGCGACCGCGUCGUGCGGCAGACGUUGGACAACUGGAGAGAAGAUAGGUCAGUCAAGCGAAAGCUUCUAGACGUGUCCAGCUCUUCCUUCUCUAUCGCACCUGCUACAUCUCGCAAGCAACCGUCACAGGUUUCAUCUCAGGAUGAUGAUGACUUGGACCCUCGCGAGAUCGACAAACUCUUAUCUGAAAUAGCGGGUAUGAGCGGUCGAUGGUGCCUUUUCCGCAAGUUUCUUGUGGAACAACUACAGGAUGAAGAUGUUGAGGAUGCUGUUCAAAGCGGCCGCGUCACUCCUGUUUCGCGAGGUCCCAAUCGUGAAGGGCUUCAGUCGCAAGUCACUGACGGUCUGAGUGCCUGGGGGUCUGCCAUUCAACCAGAUCUACUACAACUCGUGGAAUCCAGUCGCUCUCAUCAAGAGUUCGACGAACUACUCAUGACCUGUUAUGUUCCGAUGGAGACGUGGUACACGCGUACUAUCAUUGACAAGGCUCACCGGUUAUCCACCCCUGACCUUUCGCAAUUGCCGGUCACUACUACAACGCCAGACGACGUAUUUUACAUUCUCAAGACAGUCUAUUCACGGGUUUUGUCUACGGGCUCGUUCAAGCACAUUGAGCGAAUGACUGAUCUCUUGAAGGAUAUCAUGGACCAUGAUUAUGCUGGCGGCAUCAAGAGGAAGCUUGAUGAUGUAUACCGAACAGCAGGGAACACUGCCGGUGGUGGACGUGGGGAGAAAUCUGAGCGAGAGUGCCGUACAACGUUCAUCAUCCUCCUGAAUGACCUUGAUAUAUCUUCUUCACACAUGGAGCGAUUGACGAAAGACCUACUUGGUCACCAAACAAUAACACAACUUUUCCUGGAUGCAGAACAACCACACGUGAAAAGGGUAAUUUCUAGUUUAACAGGAUCUGUGGUGAAGUUCCGUUCAGCACUGAAAGCAGGCGUAGAGCAGCUUUUCAACCAGCUGAUGAGACCUAAAUUGCGCACUCUGAUUCCAGACGUGUUUAAAGACGUGUCAUACGUGCUCGACGAAGAGUCCUAUGCUACCGCAGAACAACAUGACAUCGUUCGGAAGCGGUUUGUUAAAACGUGGGAGGGAUUGGUAGAUGGGUACAAGGACGCUUUCACGGACAGUAAUUACCGCGUGUUGUUCGGGCUUGCACUCGAUGUCGUUGCACGACCCUGGGAGAAGUAUAUUUUGACGCUACAUUUCUCUGAGCUGGGUGCUGUCCGUUUCGAUCGUGACCUUCGAUCAAUAAUGGCAUAUCUCUCGUCUCAAACGACCUUUGGAGACAUCCGGGAGAAGUUCGUGCGCUUGCAACAAAUCAGUUCGUUACUGAACUUGGACAACGAGGAAGAUGUGGAUGGAUUCUAUAGUGGAUCAGGCAUAUCCUGGACUUUGAGUUUACAGGAUGCAAAAAGUGUCGUAACCUUGAAGGUGUAA